UGUAAAAAGUAUUAAUUAUACUUUAUUAUUUUUCCUAUUUGACCGCCGCCUACUCUAUGGAUGCGUGGCUGUCGAUAAUGUCACAUAUGUCAUAAAAAAUGUGAAAUGUACGAAAGAAAACGUUUAUUUAAAAUAAUUUAUCAAAUAGUAAUAUCAGUGAUUAAGUUUACAUGCUGAUAGACGAAUAGACAUUUAAUGUCGUUUAUUUUCGUUUCAGAUAAAGCAACGCAUUAUUUUUAUUUGUCUAUCUUAUUAGUGGUAAAGAAAUAUCUUAUAAAACGACAUUAUUGUUAUUAAGUCGAUCGGAAAUGGAGAAACUUCGCUUCGAAUUUACGAUAUUGCCGGGAAGUGAUGGAAAGACAAAUAUUUACUGUGUUACUUCUAUAACUACGAGUGAUAAUAAAAUCUAUGCUAUUCCGGAAGAGCUACAAUCAGUCGGUUAUCAUAAAGAAAUACUGAAAACAGCUGCUUAUAGUAAAGUAAAAAACAGUUUAACUAAGAGAUAUCAGAUAAGGAGAGUCUGGAUAACAAUGACCGAAGAACUUAGGAAAAAUUAUAUAGACGAGGAUGGUAACAUACAAUUCGGAGAUCAAUACCUAGAAGAAUUAAAUGAAAAACAACCCUCCACCGAACCUCAAAAAGAUACGGAUGCCUUAGGUAAAUUAUUGGAAAAAUUAAUAGAGAAUACACAAGAAAACCGACAACAGAGUUUGAAAAAUAUUGCGGAGAAGUUUGUUAUUGAGAAAUUUUCGACCAAGAAUUCAAACGCUGUUCAGUGGAUAGACAUUUUCGAAAGAGAAUGUGAGCGUUUUCAAAUUGCAGACGAGAAGAAGGUUGAAAUAUUGAGGCUAUUCAUGGAUAAGAGUUGUGCAGAUUGGUUUAGUUCAAUGAUCAUAAAAUUAACAAUGGACGCGGAUUGGUCCAAAUGGAAAAAGAAAUUCUGUGACUCUUUUGCAAAUAAAGGAUGGAACCCAGUUACGAAUGCAAUGUUUUUUAAAUAUAAAGACGGUUCAUUGCUGGACUACGCUAUUAAAAAAGAGAAAUUAUUACUGGAUAUGAGAAGAUCGAUUGAUGCCGGCACAUUGGUGGAUUUAAUUGCAUCUGGUUUGCCGGAAUACAUAAUAAACAAGAUUGACAGGGAAAUAUUAAAUGAUACUGUUGAUUUAUUUAAUGAGGUCAGCAAGCUGGAACACAUGGUAAAUAGAAAAAGUUACGUGUUUAAGAGAAGAGUGGGAAGCUCCAAAACUAGCAAUAAAAAUGAAGAUCUAAACGCAUGUAAAAUCUGCGAAAAAUUAAAUAAAGGACCCCGUUACCACCCAGAAAACUUAUGCUGGUUUAGAACAAAAGACGAAGAUAAGAAUGUAAGGAAUGUUGUGAGACAUGUCAACAACUCAGUUAUUGAAGCUGAAUUAAAUGAAACGCACCAAAAAAACGAAUAAUAACACCAUUAAUAUAUGUCAAACUGAAAGUAAAUGAUAAAUUUGAAUUGAAGGCCCUUUAUGAUU